AUGAACGAGGUGAGGGAAGCUGCGGGACUUGCUGCGUUUGGGAACGCAACUGCUAAUGGACAAGUACUGCCGGAACCCUCUGUCCGGACAAAUACGAUAGUAGCUGCAACUUUGUGGAACGAAAUCUGCGUAGAAAUAACAGGGAUGUUUCGCCUCUUCCCUGUUCCAAUCAUUCUUGUGUCCGUGUUCUAUGGACACGAGGCAGUAAGUGCUGCCGUAACUGGAACAGCAGGCAGCGACGGUACUGAAGCUCAGGAGUUAGAGGGAACAUUCGCUUACCAUCCCAACGGAAAAGACUGCAAGGCGGCAGUGCAGUACUGGAAGGACGGAUUUUCACUCUUCAACAACGAGCUGCCCCCAACGUACACAGAGCCAGAAAACCCUGCGGUGUACACUGAAAAAGCCAUUUCCUUUGUGGCCCUCUAUAACCCUCAGCCGAAGCCUGUAGCCAGCUGUGCCCUAGUCACCUGCACACAAGGAGGCGCGUUUGCUGCCCCACGAAUGUUAAAAAGCCACGAAGGGCUCUCGACAAGAAGACUUCAAGGUGAAGAGGAUUCUACUACUGCCGUUAUCUGCUUGACGAACCCGGUGGCGCUCUCGAAUGGACAAAAGCCAUUCGAGGAAGAGGUGUGGCAGAAGAUUGUCCAAGCUAUAGUUGGUACUGAAGAGAGCAACGGGGUUUCGCCAGUCAGGCCAUCAUUGGCAGUUGGUUUCAUAAUGAUGCUUUUUGCCUACGCGCUUUUUUAA